UGUUCCAUUUGCAACCACUGUCUACAUCAAGCUACAUAUAUUUCAUUCUCUCUCCUUUUCAUGUGGGCGAUGGUGAUUAUAGAUCAAAACAUCUUAAUCGCAUUGGUGUCAUCUCUCAUGAUGUUGAUCUUGCGGCCAUUGAUCGUAGAUGUCAUCCUGGUAAGCAAAAAAAUCUGGAGCUUCUUGCGCACACUUACAAAAUACCUAGUGCAUGACGACACCCUCGCCGUCGACUCCGUGGUGCUUGGUGAUAGCCGCGCGCCGCCGGCGCAACUAGUUGGCGGCGGCGGACUGACCUCUGGUGACAUAGAAAUUGUCACGACGAGGCUUGGUCUGACCGGGUGGAGGUACCAACCCUGUGAAGUAAUCGGUGUCGUAGAUGAGUUUAUGGACGGUAAGCAAGCGAGCGAGGAUGAGCUGGAGGAGGCCUUCUACGUUUUUGACCGUAACGAGGAUGGGUUCAUAUGCGCCGGGGAGUUGUGGAAUGUGAUGAGGAGGCUAGGGUGGAAAGAAGGGGCGAUGUAUGAGGACUGUGUGAGGAUGAUCUGCGCCUUCGAUGAGGAUGGAGAUGGGAAGAUCAACUUCCUAGAGUUUAGAAGGAUGAUGGAGAAUGCCGUUAAAGUACCAUGUGUUUCGGUGUUUCAUUACUCUGCUCCCUUACUGUAAUAAGCCGUUGUAAAAUGUGGCAUGAACAAUGUGUGUUGGUAUGCUAAUUUUUGGCAUUUAAAUAAGGUUUUUACCUCACUAUUUGGCGGCUCUGCUUUUUACCAAAUAAUUGGGCAAAUAUGAAAAGUAUCGAACAUUGCAUCUCGUCAGCAACCAGUUUAUACUUGUAGUAGGAAAAGACAAGCUUUACUCUCUAAAGUUUUGACUUUGUACCCGCAAAAGGUAACAAUUGUAGUGAAAGUACCAAUUCAUUAUA